UAAAGAGUGCGUUUUGUGUAAUUAAACGUCAUUACACCGAUUAUGUCAACUGAAACGUUUCUUCAUCUACCAAUUACACAGAGAAGGCAGCCAGCAAUCAGUCAAUAUAUUCCUGUUACAAGGUGUAAUACUUAACGGUCUGUUUCGUUAGCCCACCGAGGAGGGGCUUGUUGUCAUUUGCUUGUGACAACCACAGCAAGUCACUGAGUUGCCGCUUUUUUUUGUCAAAAGAACUCACAGCUUUAUUAUUAUUAUUAUCGUUUCAUAAUUUCAUAUGUGGAUGGUUCGUAUGGAAGAUCACUUUUUUGCUAUCAUAGCUGGGAUGUUGGAAGAAUUUCUUCUUCUAACGUAAUAAGGUAUUUGCCUCUUCAUCGCUCCCCACUCCGAACGUGAGGACUGCCCCCCAAAACCAGAUGGUUGGUAGCACUACUUAAGAAACGAAAAUGAAACUGAAAGUGUAGCAGUGUGGUUUGUGUCUUCAUUAUCGGAGGAAGGCAGUUAAUCAAACGUAAUCAGAGACUAAAAGAAUACAGCGUGUCGGUACUGUCCCUGAAUUCUUAUAGAAAGGAUCCACAGCCAGAAGAGAUCCCUAUCUCUACCAAGGUGGCCAUUACCUGGCAGAAUGUGAAAAUUGUUGGUCAAAAAUUCAAGACAACUGAGUUGCAUCAUUCCAUAUCUGUAUAUCGAAAGCAUUGAUUUCUAACUGUGCUGGACCAAGUGGUUAAAUUUAGCAAUGAAUCUGUGUUCUGUGCUGUUGGCAUUUAUUUUGUUUGAUGCCUCUAUUCAUUAUCUGUUACAUUGUGCACUCCUUCAUUUCUAUCCUUUCAGCAACAUUAGUUUUAUCUGGUUGCUGACAUGCAUUCGAUUUCCCCUGACAUGUAUUGCCACUGUAGAGCUUCUUAAGAAAUGGGACACUCGCCCUGGAUGCGUUGGAACUCUCCAUGCCUUCUUGUACUCUGUGGUGCUCUGCUUCACAUCACCCACAUAUGAACUCUGGAAGCAGAAAUUCCUUUUGAAAUCAUUUGAGUUUCACUCUGUCCUGCACCUCUCUUUGUUGAUGUACCUUGUUUCUGCUACAGCUGCACUGUUCUGGGAGACUGUGGGCCUGGGAGAAACAUCACUGUCAGGACAGAAAACUGAGGACGAUGCUGAAAAUGAGGAGAAGGAGAAGAAAGCUGCAAAAGCUACAUUCAGAAGGCUUUUCAUCUACUCCAGGCCAGAUGUUAUACCUCUAUGUGGGGCUUUCACAUUUCUAACCGCUGCUGUCAUAAUGGAGACAUUCAUUCCCUACUACACUGGGAAAGUCAUUGACAUCCUUGGCUCCAAGUUCAAGCAGGAUGAAUUUUUUGCUGCCAUAUUCUUCAUGGCCUUGUAUUCUAUGGGCAGCUCUGUCUCAGCUGGACUUCGGGGUGGGCUGUUUAUGUUUACGUUGUUCAGACUGACUCAACGAAUUCGAAACCUCCUUUUUGGUUCUCUUGUGAAGCAAGACAUUGGAUUUUUUGAUUUUACCAGAACAGGUGAUCUUACUUCUCGGCUCUCUGUUGACACAGCACUCAUGAGCCGCUCCAUUGCUGCUAAUGUGAACAUAUUUUUGCGCAGCCUGGUAAAAACCCUGGGGAUUUAUUACUUCAUGUUCAGCCUUUCCUGGCAGCUGACACUGCUCACUUUUAUUGAGUCACCAGUGUCUGGAAUGUUCCAGAAGUUAUACAACCAGUACAAUCAGAAACUAGUUCAAAGUGUACAGGAUUCCAUUGCCACAUCCAAUGACCUUGCUGGAGAGGUAGUUUCCUCGAUAAAAACUGUAAGGAGUUUUGCUACAGAGGAUGAUGAAUCACUGAAAUACAAUGUAAAGCUCAACAUCACACAUAAGCUGAAAAUGAAGAGAGAUACAGCUCGAGCCACGUUACUCUUCGUACAGCGACUGAUCCAGUUGGCUAUGCAGGUAGUGAUGCUCUAUUAUGGCCAGAAUUUAAUCCGAGAAGGACGCAUGAGCAGUGGUAACCUGGUUGCAUUCAUUUUGUACCAGAUGGAUUUAGGAAGUUACAUUCGGACAUUGGUUUAUAUAUAUGGAGAUAUGAUCCUGUCAGUUGGUGCAGCCGAAAAAGUGUUUGAGUAUCUUGACCGGCAGCCAAAUAUCUCGAAUGAUGGCAAACUGAAGUCUGAUAAACUGAAGGGACAUGUUCGUUUCAACAAUGUUUCAUUUUCAUAUCCAACAAGGCCAGAGCUACAGGUGUUAAAGAAUGUGUCCUUUGAACUAAAGUCUGGGGAGGUAACAGCACUGGUAGGUCCUUCGGGGGGUGGAAAAUCAACCUGUGUUUCUCUACUGGAACGAUUCUAUGAACCUCAGUCUGGAGAAAUCUUGCUGGAUGAGAAGCCUUUAAGUGUUUAUGACCACAAGUUCUUGCACUCCAAGAUAUCACUUGUGGGGCAGGAACCUGUCCUUUUUGCUACCACUGUCAGGGAAAACAUUUCCUAUGGACUCAGUAACUGCAGUACAGAAGAUAUAUCUGCAGCAGCUGUGAAAGCCAAUGCCUAUCAUUUCAUCCAGGGCCUGGCGAAAAGAUAUGAUACAGAUGUUGGUGAAAAAGGUGGACAGCUAUCAGGAGGUCAGAAGCAGAGAAUAGCAAUUGCUCGAGCUCUCAUCCGCAACCCACAAAUCCUGAUCCUAGAUGAAGCAACCAGUUGCCUGGACAUAGAAAGUGAACACAUGAUCCAGGAAGCCCUGUCUGAAGUGAAGGAACAAACUGUUCUUGUCAUUGCUCAUCGUCUGAAGACUGUAGAGAAAGCAGACAAGAUCAUUGUGAUAAUAGAUGGCUCUGUGAUCGAAGAGGGAACUCACACUGAGCUAAUGAAGAAUGAAGGCUGUUACUAUCGACUGGUGCAAAGGGUAUUUGAUCAAAAUGGGGAUCAUGAUAAUAACAUCUUUUAAGUAAAUGUUUGCAUUUCCAGACUGUAUUCAACCCUUUUAAAUGAUGCAGGUUCUGGUACAUGCUCACUUUGAAAUUUCGUGAGCGUUUGAGAACUGUGGAUUGUAAUGAUAGUAUUUCAGUGCACUCAGAAAGGCAAUCUACAGGAGUGUUUCCAGUAAACAUUUAUUAAGUAGACUACUGUUUGUAAACUCAAAGGGAAUAUUAUGGACUUUUGCAGUUAGGACAUUUUUUCAGUCUGUGUAUGUUAAUAUAGUAUUUAUUUCCUUUCUGUUUUUUGGUUAUUCAUCAAUUUUGUGUAUUACAACAUUUUAUUUCUGCUGGCUUGAUAUCACCAGUGGGUAGAUAAGAAAAUAUUGCGUUCAACACCCACUUGCAGCAUAACGCACACUGCUAUUCUUUCUGUAACCAGAGACUACGUUUGGAGUACAUCCUGUGACCCAUGGUGGUAGUAGAAUUAAUUCACAAAGAUAGAAGUGAAACUUGAAAUUUCUCAGUUCUUUCAGAUGAUGAACUUUGGACAGAUUCUCUGAAGAAUGCUGUUUCUUCCAGACUUUUGAACUUUGUGACUCUUGCAAACUUUGUUCUAGUGCACUGUGACAGGAAUAAAUAUGUAAUUUUCUGAAAUUA